CAUAAAUUGACGAGUCUGUUUUGCUUCCUCAGAUUUGCUCGGCGUUACAUCGGGUUUUUAAAAUUCUUCCAGUAAAAUAUAACAUGCGAAUUUUUCAAAUGGAAAAAGAGUCUUUCGCAUUUCUUUUGCCUCGUUUCUUGACUAUUUUAAUAUAAUUACAUUUUUGAUUCCUGUUCAUCUUCCCUCUCCGGCGAAAUCUCUAGUCUGUUGUCCAUAGAAAUUGAGAAGGAGGAAGCCAUUAAUUUGCAGCUGGAGUUAAACGACGCUACAGUUGAACUUUUUGUGAACUGAUUGAAAGCAUCCACUCUCCCCAUCAGGCUGAUUGAAAUACUUCAAUCCACUACUUAUACAAACUGAAAUAUGAUAUUCCUACCAUCUCUAGAACAUAUAGCAGCUGUUAAAGUAGCAUUAACUGUCUAUAAUGACGACAUCGCUCACUUUCUUGGUGAAUUCAUUGAGACAUAUAAAUAUGAUCCCGACAAUUCAUUCAGUAUAAGCAAAAGACAGGAAGAAAGAAUUAGAGAAAGAAAAAAAGAAAUUAGAAUAAAAUUACUCACACAACUUCCAGAAUCACUCGUGGAUCGAGUUGUGCAUAUCCUUCAACCAAUAGUCGCCGAAGUUCAUUUUUGGGUUAGAGACCAUUAUGAUAUCAUAAAACACAUUCAGAAGAGACAUAUCACGAAUAAUUUAUGCUGGAAGUCGGAAGGAACAAUUGAUAGAAUAAAAACUUCGAAGCUACUCAUUCAAAACGCAAACGUUAAUGGGGAAUUGCGUUUUGCUUUAGCCUUCGCGUACUUUUAUGAGCAAGAUAUUUAUUCACAAAUGUUUCAAAGUUUGACAGAGAAAGAAAGAGAAAGGAUUUAUCGCAACGAUUCAGAUCUUGAUGUCGGAUUUUGGAUGCGGUGGGACAGAGAAAGGGGAUCUUCUUCUUGGACUUAUAAUGCAGAAGACUUCGAAUUUGAUUACUGGGAAGAAGUAAUUACUUUAUUGAACUAUAGAUGUAGACGCGUAAGAAUAAGCUCCUUUUACAGUGAUUUAAAUGAUAGAUAUGAUAAAAGAAGAAUCCUACAUAGUUUGUGGCCUCAUCUCUCAUAUGUGGAUGAUUUGCGUGUGUGUUACUAUUUAUCUGAUAAGUCUGAACGUGACAAGAUCUUUCACAAUCCACGCUCACCCUUUGAAUCAAAAACAAAAGAUCUGCUUUGUUCUUACAUUGAUUGGCCUUUACAAACCAUUUUUCUAGAUGUGGUAAACCAGAUGUGGGACCGUUUAACUCCUGAAUGUUUUGAACAUUUCUUGUCUUACAUAGUGCAUCAAAAACUCUCGAAGUCAAUGGAAGAUUUCGAUUACUUGAAACUUUUUAAGGAUUUGUGGAAUCGGAUUCCCGAUAAUUACAAAGAACAAUUUGACAUGGAAACUGUAAUUUUCUCUCGUGCAUUGCUGCGUUAUGACAGAAAAGAGAGCACUUUAUCGAUUGCGGAAACACUUGAAAAAUGUAGAAAUUUGAUUAUCACUUGAAAAAAUAAAAAUUUGACUAUCACUUGAAAAAUGUAGAAAUUUGACUAUCACCUGAAAAAAUAGAAAUUUGACUAUCACUUGAAAAAUGUAGAAAUUUGACUAUUUGGAAAACCAAGGAAUUAUUGGCUUAGUUUGAAUUAUUGGAAUCUCAAUAAAUCAGAUAUUAAAUGUUUUUUCAUCCAAUUACAAGUAUAAAAUUUGCGAAAAUCUAUUGAAACUCUGAAUAAGACAAGUAAAAUUUAAACUAACUCUUGUUUCAGGAAUAGCAAUUGAAAUACUGAAAUGGCGUAGCUUGUUUUAAAAUAUAAAAACAGAAUGAUAUUCCGAAGAUUAAAAUAAAAAAUGAAUAAUUAAUAAUUUCUGAUAAGUUUUCAUCAUGAUAUAAGUAAACUUUCUAUAAAUUAAAAAACAAUAAAUCUACUUUUUUUGACAUAAAUGUUAUUCCGUGUACAAUGUAUUGCUUUUUAUAGAAUAAGUUGAUUAUUUUCCCCAAUGCAUUAGGUAUCAUUAUACUUGUCUUCUAUCUCGAGAUUUCCUUAUAACAUGUUUUUGUAGCGGGUGUUCCCCGUUAACGAUUGCAACAAGGUAAAUAAAAUGUUUGAACAUGAAGGUAGUUAUUUCUAGUUCGUGGAACAACGUGUUGCUUAUAUGUUUAAGAAAACCUGUUACUGGAUUUUCUUAAAUUAUUUUCUACGUUAACUGUGGUCGAUCAAGUAAUUCGAAACCUACACGUUUCUGAUGGAAAUAUUUCCCCGAAUUUUACCAGCUACAAUAUCAAUAUUUACAUUUCAUUCUUUUAUAACAUUUUUAUAGUUUGUAAAUUUUGAAUAACAA